GUAAAGAGUAGGCACACAAAAAACCAUGGACACCACUUCGCAAAAUUCCUGUCUCACAAUUCUGUUGAACUCAAAAAAUGUCCCUUUGUUUCUCCUCCAGUUCACUAUUCAAUCUUCAUUCUCCACCAAAGAAUCAAAGCUUCUCAGCAAGGUUCUCUUCUCAAUUCAUCAACCAAAUUCAGGUAAGCUCUUUCCCUUAUGCUCUAAAGUAUUCAUCUUUAAAUUUAUCCCAACCCUUUAAGUGUAGCAUUCAAAGACUCAAACCCGUUACAGCGUCAAAAGCUGGGUCUGUUGAAACCACCUUAUCUUCCUUCAGAAACAAAAACCCAAAAGAUAUUAACAUCUUGGUGGUGGGUUCAACUGGGUAUAUUGGAAAGUUUGUGGUUAAUGAGUUAAUUAGUAGAGGGUUCAAUGUUAUAGCCAUUGCUAGAGAGAGGAGUGGGAUUAAAGGUAAAAAUAGCAAGGAAGAGACUUUGAAUCAGUUGAAAAGAGCCAAUGUGUGCUUUUCAGAUGUGACCAAUUUGGAUUCUUUGCAGAAAUCUUUGGAAAACUUAGGGGUUUCUGUUGAUGUUGUAGUCUCAUGCCUUGCUAGCCGUAGUGGUGGUGUUAAGGAUUCAUGGAAGAUUGAUUAUGAGGCAACAAAGAAUAGUCUUGUUGCUGGUAGGAACCGUGGGGCUUCCCAUUUUGUGUUGCUUUCUGCAAUAUGUGUGCAGAAGCCUCUUCUCGAAUUUCAGCGUGCCAAGCUGAAGUUUGAGGCUGAAUUGAUGAAAGAAGCUGAAGAGGAUAAGGGGUUCAGUUAUAGCAUAGUGAGGCCAACUGCAUUCUUUAAAAGUUUGGGGGGUCAGGUUGAGUUGGCGAAAGAUGGGAAGCCUUAUGUCAUGUUUGGAGAUGGGAAGUUGUGUGCUUGUAAACCGAUAAGCGAGUCGGAUUUGGCAUCAUUUAUUGCAGAUUGCGUGUUGAGUGAAGAUAAGAUUAACCAGGUACUGCCAAUUGGUGGACCGGGGAAAGCAUUGACACCACUAGAGCAAGGGGAGUUGCUGUUUAGGCUCUUGGGGAAGGAACCCAAGUUCUUGAAAGUGCCAAUAGGGAUAAUGGAUUUUGCUAUUGGGGUUCUUGAUUUCCUGGUUAAAAUUUUUCCUUCUAUGGAAGAUGCUGCAGAGUUUGGGAAAAUCGGAAGGUAUUAUGCAGCUGAGAGUAUGUUGGUUUUGGAUCCUGAAACUGGAGAGUACAGUGCUGAGAAAACGCCUAGCUAUGGUAGAGACACAUUGGAAGAAUUCUUUAAGACGGUACUGAGGGAGGGAAUGGCAGGUCAGGAAUUAGGGGAGCAAACAAUUUUUUGAAGUUCACGAAGUCAUUUAGAGUUAGUAAUUUCAAUAGCUAAAUUGGAUCAACCAGUUCUGUAAUACAGUCCACUUCAAGGUAUUUGGUUUCUUAUUGACUGUAUUUUUAUGAGUUUACAACAAGCUCUUUCCCAAAUGUUAAAUAUUUGCAUUAUUAUUAUCUGCUGUGAACUGCUUUUGAAUAUAAUAGCAUUGUCAUUGUUAAUAUAUA